UGGCUCUUGUCCGUCGGUCUCUUUGCACAAUACUUUUCGAGCACGUACUCUUCCUCUUUCCCCUCUCCCUUUCCAUACCUCUACUCCUUUAUUCCUCCCGUACCCAGCACACCACCAUCAUCAAUGGCACCGAGGCCCCGCUGGCUCUACCCCUUCCAGGGAAUCACCUACUUUCUCUCCAAUCCGGGCCUCUGGCCUCGUGUGAUCUUGCCCUUCCUCGUCCUCCUCGUGAUCACAGUCGCACUCCUCGUGCUGGCAUUCAUGUACCUCAUGCCGCUCCAGGUCGACUUUUUGAUCCGACACUCUUGGCCAGGCUGGAUCGCAAGCAUUGCCGCAGCAUUCUUCACUUUGCUCGAAGCUGCCCUCGGCUCAUUGAUCGCCUACUUGGCACUGAUGCCUUUUUGGGAAGAUGCCCUCUUCGAUGCCGUGUUGAGGAGCCGCAGGCUGGGUUACAUCAUUGAUGCCGCACACGGAGACUACCGAACUUGCAUGAACGGUGUCCUCGCUAGCCUCUAUAUCAUUCUUUUCCAGUCCAUCGUGCUGCUUUUCUUCCAGGUCGUGUCACUGAUCGUGCUGCUCCCGCUGCAUGUUGUUCCCGUUGUCGGAACAAUCGUCUAUUGCUACCUCAAUGGCUGGGUCAUGGCCUUUUCCAAGCGAAUCCACUAUGAUGUUGAGUUGUGCAAGAUGAGUGUGAAUCAGUCCAGGAAGUAUGCCUGGAAACGCCGAUCCGAAUUCUGUGAGUUUGGCGGGGUGGCUGUCUUCCUCGAAAUGACACCCGUGCUGAACCUUUUGUUCUUCUGGACCAAUGUCGUCGGUGCAGCACUGUGGGUCGCAGAUGAGAUUGAAGAAGCCAGGAGACAAGAUCGCAUCGCAAACAGUCAGGAUCAGAGCGGUUCGCACUAUGUGACAUUCCACCCAUACGACUCGGCCCUGCCAGGAUUGCCCACAGAGCCGUUGCUUGGAGGUCAGCAUUAUGAUAGCUAUAACAGUCAACCUCGUUCUCAAGCACCUCAGUACCUGCCGCCUCCCUAUGACACUCAACCACAAAACCAGGCGCUUCCUGCUAAUCGAUAAGCAAGAUAUCCUCACAUUUGCAUUUACUUUCCCUAUACCAUCGACAGCGAUUUAAUGACAAUAAAGUGCAGUCGUAUGCU